GAAACGGAAACUGCGAGGCUUGAGAGCCGCAGCCGGAGUAGUGAGUGGUCGCAUGGCGCGGGACGGGGGUUCGAGGUCGGGUUGUGCGGCGCCUGUGGGUACUGAGAAGCUCUUGGACACCCUGUUGCAGACUCUGUACGAUGUGGGAGAGAAAGAUGAAACAGAGCAGAAGAAAAUCCGAAAGAAGAGAGAAAAUAGGAAGACAGAUGGUGUUGCAGAGGCUGUGGCAGGAGAGAGUACCCCGCCUGGUUCUUUCACAAGAAACCAGAAGAUGAGUGCUUCCAGCUUUUUCAGGGAACUCAGGGAAGAGUUGAGCUGUGCUCCUGUGGUCACCUCACACAGUCCACCUUCCGGAGCCAAGGUCCCUGCUACUACAGGAUCACCUUCUCCCCUACAGAACAGCAGGGACCAAGUGGAAGUUGUAGAAUUUCACAGCAAAAAGAAAAAAAGAAAACUGAAGGAAGAGCAAGAUGAGUGCAUAAAGACUAAAACUAGUGUCCCUGAGAAGGAUGCAGAUAUUCAAGAAUUUAACCUAGAAAAGGCUCGGUUGGAAGUGCACCGGUUUGGGAUCACAGGCUAUGGAAAGGGAAAGGAAAGAGUCCUAGAGCGGGAACGUGCCAUCAUGCUCGGAGCCAAGCCUCCCAAAAAUAGUUACGUGAAUUACAAGGUUUUGCAGGACCAAAUCAAGGAGAAAAAGGCGGCAAAGGAAGAAGAGAAGAGAGUGGCCCAGAACGCAGAUAUUUUCAAGAAAAAGAAGAGGAGAGGACAAGAAGAAAGGAAGUCCAAAAAGAAGAGGACAGCUCCCAGUAUCUUAUCAAGUGGACAGGCUGGACAGGUUGGAAAAUUCAAAAAUGGGACAUUGAUUCUGAGCCCAUUUGAUAUCAAGAAAAUAAAUUCUUCCAGAGUGGCUAAAUGAAGUACUUCAUCGGACAAGAGAAAGGAGAACAAGUGACCAUGUUACCCUGGGCCUGGCCUGACUUCCACACUCACGUGCCACACACUGCCACUUCAUUUGAGGAAGACCUAACAGCUUCUUGGUUCUGAUGUGUCUGUCUCCGAGCUGCAGCACUGGGCCAAGUGAGCAGGCCUCACUUGCAGUUCUGUGCACUGGUGCUGGGCACGUUUGCUUGUGUGCCAUCUUUUUAUACUUCUGCUGUCUUACAAGUGCUAGUAAUUAGCAUGAAAUUACCUUUUAAUAUUUUUAAUGUCUUAAUAUUAUUGGAUCAUGAAAGAACUGAGUAUGACUUGUUUUUUGGAAAAGGAAUUUUACUUUUCAGUCUAUUUGUAUAAAAUGUACUUUUUCCAUAUCU